AUGAGUCCAAAUACACAGUCAAUUUUAUUGGUACUUCGAAGUCAUGGGAUUUGUACAAGCAUAUUGAAUCAAUCAGAAUUGUCAGGAGACGCGUUUAAAUUGUCCACAGAUACGGGUGAUGUAUUUGUAAAGACAAGCAACAGGGCGUAUGCAUAUGCGAUGUUUGAAGGCGAAAUUGAGUCCUUGAAUGCGAUACUUGAAGCGGUUCCAGGUUUUGCACCAAAACCUCUAUGCCUUGGAACAUUUCCUAAUGGAGGUGCAUUUAUCGUUACGACAUAUAAACGACUUUCGACAGCAAAUUUAUCAUCUAUGCAAAAAUUGUUUGCUCAAAAAUUAUCUGAAUUGCAUUCUAAGGAGUCACCAAAUGGCAAAUUCGGAUUUUCGGUGAUGACAACGUGUGGCCCCACAGAACAAGAUAAUACAUGGGAAGAUACCUGGGCAGAAUUCUACAAAGUACGAAGACUAAGACCUAUAUUGGAAAAGUGUUUACAAAAUAAUCCAGGAGAUGAUGAAUUACGCAGGCUUGUCGAGUUUGUUAUUGACAAGGUUGUUGAUCAUUUAAUGAAAGAUAUUGAAGUGAAACCUGUAUUAGUUCAUGGAGAUUUAUGGAGCGGAAAUUGGAGCGUUGAUUCAGAUGCCAAUGAACCCAUCGUUUAUGAUCCUUCGUCUUGUUACGGUCAUAACGAAUAUGAAUUAAGCAUUCUAACUAUGUUUGGAAGUCCUGGAAGAGCUUUCUUUCAAGAGUAUCACAAACAUCAUCCGCGUCAGGAACCUUACUUCGAACAAAGACAAGGUAUGAUUUAUUAUUGA